AUGGCGCGACUGGGGAAGCUAGACGAGUACGACGAGAAGGAGCAGAAUUUUGAAUCCUAUUUAGAACGCUUUGAGUAUUUCGUCACUGCAAACGAUAUCAAAGAGGAAAAGAAGCUGGCAGUAUUCUUCAGCGUGAUAGGACCACGAACGUACCAGGUGCUCAAAAUUUUGGUAGUACCCGCCGUUCCUGGGGACAAAUCCUUUGAAGAGGUGACAGUGCUGUUGAAGAAGCACUAUAGACCAAGCUGUUCGGUCCUCGCCGAACGUUUCAAAUAUAACAGGCGAGCACAAGAGGAACAAGAAAGCAUCGAAGACUUCAUAGUGUCCUUAAAUCAUUUAACAAGGAAGUGCGAUUUCGGUCUGUUCCUGCAAGGCGCACUGCGAGACAGAUUAGUAGCAGGCAUAAGACGCGAAGAAACCCAACUCGCCUUGUUUGCUGAAGACAGUUUAACCUUUGAAAAGGCGUGCAAGAUAGCCUUGGACCGGGAGCAGGCUGCGCGACAAAUAGCGUUACUGCAUGUAGAAGGCAAGGAAGCGACGCUGCAUGCCAUGGCGAUAAGAGGACCGGGAACUGAAAAGACAUGGAAACAUCGGAAAUUCAAGGACGUCAAGCGAGCCUGCGAAAGAUGUGCCGCGUAUCAGCAGAUUCCGCUCACUACCGAGUCCCGACCACUGCUAAAUAUCAGUACGCACAUGGAACUUUUCGAGUUCCGGCGUUUACCGUUUGGUGUAGCCAGCGCGCCAGCCAUUUUCCAGUCAUUCAUGGAUGAGGCGGUCAAGGGCAUACCAUAG